AUGGUUGUGGGUUUUGUGUUUAUGAAUGCUCUUUCUGGCAGUGUUGGAAGCUACCAGAAGAAAAAAGGCUCUGGUCCUUGUCCUGCCUCCCAGAUGGAUCACGACAGCGACGCAAGAUGGCAGCCACCAAAGGCUUGGACAAUUUAUGAAAACCGAAUAUACAGCCUUAAAAUAGAAUGUGGGCCUAAAUAUCCGGAAGCACCCCCAUCUGUAAGAUUUGUAACAAAAGUCAAUAUGAGCGGUGUGAGUAGUUCAAAUGGAGUGGUGGAUCCAAGGGCCACAGCAGUGCUAGCAAAGUGGCAGAAUUCCCAUAACAUCAAAGUCAUCCUGCAGGAGCUUCGGUGCUUGAUGAUGUCAAAAGAGAACAUGAAACUGCCACAGCUGCCAGAAGGAUAAUGUUACAGCAAUUAG